ACGACAGCAAAGGAAGGACUGCUUGCUCCUGGAGAUGAGAUUGAAACACCUUUUAGCAGUUGGACGCCUGUAAUUUAGUCAGGAAUAGCUCCGUUAAAUGGAUUAGAAGAAGGCAACAUUUGGCGCUUGACAGCUCCUCGUGGGUGGCUUUCAGUGGAUGAUUAAUGGGAAACCUAAAAAUCUACAGGAUCGACAGGAAGCAGAAGGCUCAGAGACACGGAUUAGACUUUGUUUUGUUGAAAGAAGGCCGAUCAGUUUCAGUAUCACUUAAGAGUUGGCCAUUAAAACCUGGAUGACAGUCGUAAAACUUGCCCCACUCGCAGAAUCAAUACUGCCGUCCCCGGGCGAUCUAAUGGACUGUACUUGAAGGAACUUUGUUUGCUCACUUGGACUGGUGCUGAAAUAGGAUCAGACUUUGACAGAAGGUUCAAAGCAAGUUUUAGCAAAUGUGAGCUGGAUGAGGUAAUGGUGCAGGUGGAGAUAUUGAAUGAACACAUUGGCAGUUGGCAGAGUUUAAAGCAGAGCUGGCUGGCUGAUGGGAACAAUGUGUUAAAUGUCUGCCCAAGUUCAGAUAGUUAUCUUUUGGGGGGUCAGGGGCUGGUUAGACCAACCAGUUCCACAAUUAACACUGUGGAAGGAUAUCAGUUUUAGGACAAUGAUUGUUUGACAGUUUAGUUAUUGUCUUUACUAUAAAGCCACAGCUGGUUAAAACAGUGACAAUGUUCCUGUACUGGAAGAAGCGUGGUGCUUAUGAAGUGGAGGCUUUGCCAUCCUCACUCAGUCAAGUGGGAAUCGAGCGCUACUCCUGGUCGUCAUCUCUGGACGUCAUCCAUGACCUGUGUGAUGACAAGCCUGUCCAGGAGGAGGACGGGGUGGUGUGUCAGCAUCCUGAGUGUCCUGAUCGCCGCAGGGCCUCUAAGGUUUGCCACCACCCAGACUGCCAAGACCUGAAUAGCAAAAGCCCCCUUCACCUGUGUGAGUCAUGUGACUCACGCUGCCAUUCAGAGAACACAGACAACAUGCACUUUGAUCGGCACCCCCGAUUCGACUUACAACCUCAAGCCUCCAUCCUGGCUCGGAACGUGUCCACGCGCUCCUGCCCCCCACGCACCAGCCCCCCCUCCAACCUGGAGGAAGAGGAAGAGGGGAGCAAUGACCGCGGGGAGCGUAAAACUGUGGGGAUGAAGCUGGUGAAAAAGAAGCCACGAAGACGACACACUGAUGACCCCAGUAAGGAGUGCUUCAGCCUUAAGUUUGACCUCAGUGUGGACAUAAACACAGAAAUUGUACCUGCUGUGAAAAAGAAAACGCUGAGAGAGGUUCUGGGUCCAGUGUUUGAGAGGAACGGCAUUGAAUUGUCCCGGGUGGACUUGUUCCUGGAUCAGUCCAAUACGCCGCUGUCCCUCAACUUCGAGGCCUACCGUUUUGGAGGACACUACCUCAAAGUAAAAGCACGACCAGGUGACGAGCUGAAGGUAGAACAAAGUGUGAAGGACCUGCGGUCGCUCAGCCUGCCCAACAUGAAGCCCUCAGGAGGCCAGAGCCCCUACAUCCUCACCCCCGGCAGCGAGAAAGUAGAGCAUGGAUCUCUUGGACGCCGUGAAAGCAUAGAUCUGUUGGGUCAGGCCCGACGGAGGAAGAACAUGACAGAAUUCCUGGGGGAGACGAAUAUUCCAACCCCAGAUGCUCUGGGGCAGAUGGGUGGCUCUCUGCCCAGCGUCGGUGGCAUACCUGAGAGCUGGAAGAACCGAGCCGCCAGCCGCUUCAGCGGAUUCUUCAGCUCCAACGCCGGAGCGGGACCCUUCGUCAAGGAGGUGGAUCGUCUGGAGCAGCUUCAGAGCAAACUCCACUCCUACAAGUUGUUCGGGCCGCCAAAGGUGCCGCAGCAGCUCUCCUUCCACCGGGACUCCUGGGAGGAGGAGGAGACCAACCUGGCGCUGGAGGACAGCUGGCAGACGCUGCUGGACAACUCAGAGACGUUGACGAGGCGGCAGUCCCACCAGCAGGAGGCCAUCUGGGAGCUGCUGCACACUGAGGCUACCUACAUCAAGAAACUCCGAGUCAUCACUGAUUUGUUCCUAUGUGGGCUGCUGAACCUGCAGGAGAGUGGUCUGCUGACGGAGGUGGAGCCCACCAAGCUGUUCAGUAACAUCCAGGAGAUUGUCCGCCUCCACACCUCCCUGUGGAACCAGGUCAUGCUGCCCGUCCUGGAGAAGGCCAGACGGGCUCGGGCUCUGCUCGACCCCACUGACCUCCACGACGGCUUCAAGACAUUUGGCUCCAGGUUCCAGCCCUACAUCCGUUACUGCAUGGAGGAGGAGGGCUGUAUGGAGUACAUGCGCACGCUUCUCAGGGACAAUGAGUUCUUCAGGACCUACGUCACGUGGGGAGAGACCUUUGAAGAGUGUAACCGUCUGAAGCUGGCCGACAUGUUGGCAAAGCCUCACCAGAGACUGACCAAAUACCCCCUCCUACUGAAGAGUGUCCUCAAGAAGACUGAUGAGCCAUCCGCCCGCGAUGUGGUCAACAGCAUGGUGGCGACAGUAGAGGGCUUCAUCAACAGCGUGGACUCUCAGAUGCGGCAGCGGCAGGAACAGCAGAAGCUGGCCACCAUCUCAGCCCGUAUAGACUCAUACGAGGCUGUAGAAGGCAGCAGUGAAGAAGUGGAGAAGAUCCUUAAGGAGUACAACCGUUUUGACCUUAUGGCUCCCAUGAGAGGAAUAUCACCAGAGGAGACUCGACAGCUGCAUCUAGAGGGAGCGCUGAGGAUGAAAGAAGGCAAAGACAGUAGGAUGGAGGUUUACUGUUUCCUGUUCACUGACCUGCUGCUAAUUACCAAGUCAGUAAAAAGAGUGGAGAAAGUCAAAAUUAUCCGCCAGCCUCUCCUCAUUCACAAUGUUGUCUGUAAGGAGCUCAAAGACCCUGGCUCAUUCAUCCUCAUCUACCUCAAUGAGUUCAAGAGUGCAGUGGCAGCUUACACUUUCCAAGCCAACAGCGCCACCCAGGGGCGGAGCUGGAUAGAUGCUAUCUGCAAUGUCCAGAACCAGCUGCAGAGGCUUCGUACUGAGGAGAUCCUCCGGCAGCAGAAAAAUCUGAAGAGAUGUACGGAGCAUGACGAAGAGGAGGAUGAGGAAGAUGAAAGCAGCAACUCCACUACAAGUUCGCCAUGCCUGAGGCACAAGGAGCAGCUGAAUUCAAGUCAAUCAGAUGGUUCCACUGAGACCCUGUCAGUGAUGGACGUUGAUGAGCCAUGCGAGCCUCAAGAGUCUCCUGCCUCCAUCCUGAUCAUUGAGGGAAUCACUACUAAAGACUCAGACACGGAUGUGGUUCCACUUUCUGAAAGGCCUGAGAUUCAGCACACCACAAGCCCCCACAGAGUCCACUCCAGUAUUUACUCCGAGCACAAUCAGGAGGUGGGGCCUGACGGCGAGGAGCUGGACCCCCAGCGUCGCUCUCUCUCCAUGGACAGCGCCUACGGUACCCUCUCACCUGGAUCCCCCCUGAAAGAACUGCUGCCACAACCUGGCCAAAGUGAAGGAGAGGAGACCGAGGAGGAGGAGGGAGACAGGGAGGGUCGGGGUGAGGCGGAAAUAGAGGAGGAGGAGGAAGAGGAGGAUGCCUCACUGGGGUCCCAGCUGUCAGUCAUCCAGUCCUCCUGUAAACCUCGCCGGCGGCCUCAUGUUCAGUCGCGUCUCCACUGUCUCCAGAGGUUGUCCUCUCUGAAGUUGUCCCGCUCUGAGGACAAUCUCCUACAGCGCUUCCAUGGUAAAACUCCCAUCAACCACACGCACUCGCUCAGCUCUGAGGCGCAGGACCAAUCACAGUGUGUGGACUCAUUGCUGGCACACAGCAGGAGCCUGUCAGAGCUGGGACAAAAGUGCAGAGAGGUGUUUUCCAGUGACCUCGACCGGUCUGAUGACUGCUUGAGCAUAACCUUGCCCUCUGAUGAACUUAGUGCCACCCCUGCUGGACCACGUGAGGGUAAUGAGUCUCCAAACAACAGCUCAGAUGGGGAAACGGCUCCAUCUGCCCGCCCAGAUAAGAAAUGCAAGUCAAAGGCAACAAGCGAUUCAGAGGAAAUGUCACCUGCAAAGAGGAAAUCUCCAGCCCAGCAGCACAAGAAGCUGACGCUAGCUCAGCUGUACAAGAUACGCACCACUCUCGUCCUCAACUCCACGCUGACAGCAUCAGAGGUGUAACCACAAAGACUGUCCGGUGGCACGCAGACAUUACAAGGAACAACAAACUUGUUUUGUUUUUUCAGGAUGGACUGAAUUUCUCGAGACACGAAUGCACUCUUUCUCUUACUGCUCUCUCCCUUCCUGUUGGUUUUUUUUGGACAGUGACUGUACCAUUAUUACAUUUUAACAAUAAUCCCAUUUUGCAUUCUGUUUUUUUUUUUGCUUUUGCAUUGGUUUCUGAAUUUCUCAAAACGGAAGGGAGAGGCAGAGAGACACUAACCGCUUGCACUUUGCAACAGAAGUAGCAUUUUGGGGGCUGGGACCUUAAGGUGGACUGAGGGAGUGUGAAAGGGAUGGACGUCCUGUCCCUGCAGAGAGAGCAGACAUCCAGACAGAGGCCUGCAACCUCGUCCCUGCACUCUAGAAGAGGUUCAGCUGAAUCCUGCACCUCUUUUCUCUCCUGACUUGAAGAGAGGGACACCAAAUGCUCUCUACACAUGGCUAAAAAAGACAAAACAGCACCUAGGACGACCUCCUGAUACUUGUAGUACUCCUGGUUUGCUUCAACAAAAGAGAAAAAGUGAAAAUUGCACAGUUAUCUUUGUUAAGUAGAAGAAUCACUAAAGGGUGAAUUUACAUUUACAGUCACACAGUGAAUUUGUUGUUUGUGUUUGCUUGUGUACAGGUGUAUGAAUGUGUGUUCGAAUGAUACGUGCUCUUUGAUUCCUGACUGAACCAAAACUGAUCCCCAUCUCCUAUGAACGUGCUAAUGCACCCAAAGACGAAAGACCUGUGUAGCCCAAAGACAAAACAGCCGCGUCACGACAGAGAUGGAUUUCUGCUGCCUUCAAAUGGAAAUUGCGAGCUUCUAAUUGCUAUUUGGAAAGUCGUGCACAUGAAACACUUUCAAGUGGUGGCGUUGACUAUAAGUUGUGAUAACACCGCUGCUAGGAACCAGCGACAUAGGUGUUACCGUCGGCCUCUAGAAACCACUGUGAAUACAAAUUUAGCAAGCUAAUGAGUGGGAAGUGCAAAUACACAAUGAAGCGAUGAAGCUGUUGGACAGACCAACAUUAUACUGAGACAUUAUAAAAGACUAAAUUACAAUAUAUCGCCUUACAAUCCACUGAAAUAUAACCCUUUGUGCCACUUCUGAAAAUGUCAGCCUCCAUUUGAAGGCAGCAUUCCUUCUGUACCGUUAAGUUUUUGAUUGGUAUGUCAAACUAAUGAGGUGUUACCGAUAUAAAAAAAAUGACUGAAUAUAGAUGACUACAACUGUUUUGUGGAAUUUCCUGCACUCUCUCUAUAUAUUUUAGCGUGAAGCAUAAAUGUAUUAAAACUACAUGUAGAAGUGCACAAACCAGAACUGGGUCACAGGAGUGAAAAAAAAAAAGUCUAGACUUGUCUGCAUUUCUUUACCAUUAACAGGUUGAAGAAAAAAAGGUUUGGGGUGAAUAUUCUGUCAUGAGUGAAUCUGCAGAGCUUUGGCUGAACAGCUUUCACUAGGAGAUUUUAAAAAAAAAACCUUAACAUUCACACACUGACGUUUGGCUUUUCACAUCAGUGAUUAUUAACCUUACUCCAAACAUUGCCCAAACCAAACAGGUUAACUCUGUUUACUUUUAGUUUUUUUUUUGUUUAUGUGUAAUAUUUAUUAUGCCUGCUAUGUUUUAUAUAUAAGAUAUUGUUUAUAUUGUUCACUUCCAUGAUUUGUAAAUUUUUUUUUUGUCAAUGUAGUCUUAAUUUUUUUUUCUUGCGAGGCAUUAAUGUGCUAUGAACCAAAAUUAUGUGUUUCCUCUUUCAGGAAUGACUAAAGUGUCUUACAAAAUAAAAAACAGCGAAAACACUUUACAAUCCCUCUUUUAAUGGUUUAAUCCAAUGUAAUGGAGUGAUUUGAGGUGAGAGGCUGAAGCUAAAUGGCAUCGCAUUAAACAACAUGAACUGCU